AAUCCCACUUCAACUGGCAGAUACCACACCCCAGUUCCACCCCCAAAUCGAAGCCAUAUAACCUUUGCAACAACCAUGAGUUAAGCUUCCAAGUUCUGAAUUUUCAGCAUGUUGAUGCCAGCUUCUGCUCAGAUCCCUCAUCACACCAUACGUCCUGUUGCAAGUUACUAUGGGUUGCAUGGACGGCGCCUGCAUAACUCUGACCGGCGUUUCAGAUUGCAGAUUCCUAUGAGGAAGGUGGUUAUUUGCACUCGCAGUGUGCUAGGUUCCAGCAAUGGCGCGCCAUCUGGUGGCCUUGUCAAGAAAAGAAAGAUUGUGGAGCACAUCAUUCUGCUCAGAGCCAAGCCGAACAUUUCGGAUGCUGAAGAAAAGGACAUGCUUGAUUACUUGUAUACUUCUCAGUAUCAGAUGAGAGGGAUUCUAGCUGUGUCAUUAGGGCGCAUAGAGGACCCCAAUAUGGAGAACUUUACGCAUGCUGUCUUCAUGCGUUUUCAGCAGAAAGAUGACAUUGCAAAGUUCCAGAGUAGUCCUUACUACUACAAAAUUCUUGAUGAGCACGUAAAACCUGUUUCAUAUGGCUCGGUUUCUGUAGAUUUUGAAUCUGAAGUUGAAGAUGACAUUAUCCCUCUCUUCCGUAGGGGAGAGGAUUUUAACUACGGAGUGGAGUUCAUGCUACUGAUAUCUUUCUUGGAAAGUGCAUCCAGAGAUUCAGUGGAGGAUGCAUUAUCUUCUCUUCAGAGGUUGAUCAGUCAAUGCAGUUCUUCCAUUGUUCAGGCAACCUUAGGCUGCUGUCUGAAUCAUGUGGACAGUGGUUACAGUCAUGCUGCAGUUAUUCGUUUUCCAUCAUUUGACGACUUCAAGUUAUUCAGGGAGGGCAUGGAAUACAAGGAUGUGUGGGCAUCAAAAUUUCAACCGAUUGUGGAGAAAUCUCUUGUGCUACACUUCACAGUCGACCCCGUGGGUAACCAGCUGAUGUAGAUUCUGAUCGAGCAGCUGACAAAUAUUCAGUCCUGGAUUGGACGUAUGGUUGGUAAACUCUUUUGAGUUGCUAAUCAGGGAAAGGCAUCGAAACGAAAUCUUGAGGUUGUACAUAUGCUGUCGUGCUCAUUAGACGCCUUCCUUAAUUGCCUGGAAGAUGCAACAACGAGACUACCUUGAACCUGUCUUAUCUUGCCAUGACAUGAAUGCAGUAUUUGAUUCUUAUGCUCAUGAAUUCACAAACGAUUGCACUAUAUAUCCUUGUCUUAAUUUUGU